GGCGUACUGAAUCGACGUUUGUGGCGAACUCAUCCUUUUUCGUGCUGUUGUGGGGCGACUGUGAACUGGUGCCAUGCCAGUUAACUGCUGUGUGCCACUGUGCACGCAAUUUGGUGGCUUUGACAAGUCUGGACAAAAAGUGUCAUACCACAGAUUCCCAAGAGACCAGGACAUAUACAAAAAGUGGAUUGCAGCCAUCAGGCGAGACGAAGGCCCACUCUUCACAGUUUCGAAGGCCACCAGGGUCUGCUCUCUCCACUUUCUUGAGAGUGACUUUGUUGCUAACGUUGCUAAUGGUUACCGACACUUACACCAGUCUGCUGUGCCAUCCACAUUUUUAUUCAAGCAGCCAAAGCCGCCGAGGAAACCACCCGCUCAACGGGCACCACUUCAGAAAGUUGCAUCAUCUAAAAGGAAGUGUAAUGGUAAGGCUCAAGGGCUUCCCACUACAGGACAAAAGGUAGACACCCGUAACGAUAACCGAGCAGAUGACAAGGAAAACUCAGCAGAUAGAUGCAACAAAAAUAGUGAAGGCACUGAUGUCAAUGUUGAAGAUACGGGCUCCACUUUGCUUCCUGACAAACAGCAACAGUCACCAGAAGAACCAGCCUCUGGAAGUAUUUGUGCAUGCAGAGAAAAUAUUUCUGCCCUAGAGCAGGAGCUGGCUGCAAGCAAAGCAAGCGAAGCAGAUACACAGGCUGAAAAUAAACACCUGAAGCUGCAAGUAAGUUCUUUAGGAGAAACUAUUGCUCUCCUACAAAAUAAACUCGUUGCAAGCAAAGCAACUGAAGCAGAAAAUCAGCGCCUGAAGCUGCAAAUGAAGGCGCAAAAUAAUGAAUUAAAGCUGCUUCGUACGGAGCUUGUCACUGCACAGAAAAAUAUUGAGAAGCUGGAAGAAUUGCCUCCAUUUGGAAUUGAAAGAUUCAAGGACAACACUGAUGACAUUGAGUUUUACACUGGACUGCCCAGCUACAAGCACUUCUGUGCUCUCAUGCAUCUCCUCGACUUUGGAGAAAAUGGUGAAAACAUUGCACGCAAGCGUACGAGGAGUGGGCUACGAAAUGUUGAAUAUAGAGGUCGGCGACACAAGAUUGGUGUAGAGAACCAACUCUUUCUUGUGCUUGUUAAACUUCGAGUUGGCUUAUUUCACAGACACAUCGGCCACUUGUUCAACGUCUCUAUCAGCACGGUGUCAAGAAUUUUUUCUGCAGUGCUCGACUAUAUCUAUUUGCAAGUAACAGAAACGACAACAUGGAUAUCACGACAAGCUAUUGAUGCUGCCAUGCCAUCUGCUUUCAAGGAGAAAUAUCCAUCAACACGUGUCAUCUUGGAUGCCACUGAGAUUAGAUGUGAUGUGCCAACAUCUUUUGUGACGCAAUCACAAGUCUAUUCCUCAUACAAGUCUACCCAUACGUUCAAAGCCCUCGUAGGCAUCUCCCCUCAUGGAGUACUUACUUUUGUUUCGGAACUAUUUACUGGGUGUACGUCUGACAGAGAGUGUGUGGAGAAGAGUGGAUUUUUAGACCUGAAGUUUGACACAGGUGACUCAGCCAUGGCUGACAAGGGAUUUAAAAUAAAAGACCUGCUGCAAAGCAAGAAAGUAAUGCUGAACAUUCCACCCUUCCUCAUGCAUGGGCAAUUUACUCCCACAGAAGUGGAGGAGACUCAGGAAAUCGCAGCAAUCAGGAUACAUGUGGAAAGGAAGAUCAAGAAAAUCAAGGGAUAUCACAUUUUUGACCGCUCGAUUCCAAUCUCCCUUGUACCCUUAGCGAAUCAGAUGUGGGCCGUGUGUGCCUUCCUGACAAACUUCCAGCCAUCACUUCUGAAAGAAGAUACAAACUGAUCUGUCCACAGUGUUCCUUAAAGACGCCUUAUUUUCUAGUCAUAUGUUGUCAAUCCUCACUACCUCGUGAUGCUGCCAUCUUCUGUGCAAUAAAAUGUUUGCAGCCCUACUUGUCUUUUUGACAUGCCAUUCUUGCGUUGUUUACUGUAUCAGAUUACAGUGCUUGACAGAUAUGGCAGCAGUGUGUCCAUGUAAAAGUUGUCGAGCACCUCUCUGGCACUUUUCCAUUCAUUCUCAUUAAAUCUUAUUCGUUCGAUCAAAAGAAAAUCUCCUCCAUAUACCACAAAGUCACCCCAGCGCAACUGUGAUACACCCAUCUGCCCAAGCAGUUGAUGAUAAUACUGGUG